AUGGCCAUCCCCGGACCUGCUGCUAGCCACGAAGGCUUCAAUCUCGGCGCCUACCACCAACAGCAGUACCAAGCGGCGUACCAAGCCGCCCUCGCGGCUGGCCACGUCCAACCGCUCGUCCUGCCCUGGUCCGUUGUCGGCAGCUUCUUCCUGCCGCUGCUCUACCUCAGCAUCCCGCACACGACCCGGCCAUGGCUGUACCGUCUGCGCUGGGCCGUUGCCGCGGCCGUGGUCUGGUUGAACGUCCGUCUUGUGCGCACGACGUCGGCUGCGAACGAGGCCGUGGCGUAUACGGUUGGGCUGCUGGCGGUGUGGGGCACGCUAUGGGCGUUGCGUCUGCUGGUGUUUACGAGGCCGCAGUGGGAUGCUGCGAGAGUGCAGAGGCGGUUGAGGAGGAAGGGUUCGGCUGGUUUGCCUACUCGGGAUGGUGCCUUUACGCCUACGGCCCCAGACGAGAGCGUUGCCCUCGCGCUCCCUGACUACGAGUACUUUUGGCAGCCGUUCCCAGCCCACGCGUCCUUUGCCGCCCGUCUCCUUUGGACGGCCGACCUGCUCGUCUCAUGGCGCGGUGCAGGUUGGAACUUUGCCAUCUCAGCCAUCCCACACCCACCAUCCCCUUCGCUCCCGCUGCUGCGAGGCCGGGACGACGGAAGCGACGAUGAACUCGUCCGCAUGGACCUCAUUCCGUACAUGGUCUCCCGCACCGGCACCACACGAUCGCUCACUUAUGCGGCCUUCUUCCGCACCCGACUGUGUGCUUUUGUGCUCUCCUACCUCACCAUCGACUUGCUGGCCGUCACGAUGCGCUGGGACCCGUACUUCAUCUUGGGGCCCAACUACCUGCAUCCUUACACGUACCCUCCUCAGGGCUCUCACUCUCAGCACACUCGAUACCCUUACCCGCUACAGCUGCCCGCGCUCUACUCCAAGGUGCUACCGCUGCCCAACCUCACGGUGCUCUUGGUGCGCAACCUCUGCGGGAUGGCCGGAAUUCUAGCCGGCAUCCAGUUGCACGGGGCCGCACUGCAGUUGAUAGUGGUUGGAACCGGACGAUUGUACUCUCUCGGUCAUUAUUACGGUAAUAUUGUUUUCAGACGACCGUCAUCCUCCACGCCACCUCCUCCACUGUGUGCCGAACUCUGGCAGCACCCGGCGCUGUUCGGCGGGUUUGUGCCGACCGUGCUCGAUCGCGGGCUGGCGGGCUUCUGGGGUGGCUAUUGGCACCAGACGUUCCGCGUGGGGUUUGUGGCGCCCGCUAGGUGGUUGUUGACUCAGAACGGAGGAGAAAACGUUGGGGUAGAGGGGAAGAACGUAGGGCAAGAGAAAUGGAGAAGGGAAAAAACAAAUCAAGACGUUGCGGCCCGGGUGCUAGAGAUGGUCUUCGCCUUCUCGCUCAGCGGCAUCCUCCACGCCACCGGCGGAAAGACAUCCAUCCCCUCAACUACAGUAGCCUGGGCUCCAUUCGCCUUUUUCGCCUCCCAGCCCCUCGGCAUCGCUCUCCAGCAGUGCCUACAACAAGCUAGUCAACGUAUCCUCAACAGCAUCACCACCACCGACACCACCGACAGCCACAUUCGCCGACUACCCCCCAGCGUAACGACAACGAUGCUACGGCGCGCGGCAAAUCUGCUCUUCACUCUCGCGUGGCUACACCUCACGGGCGCAGGUAUAGUCGACGACAUGAGCCGCGCCGGUGUCUGGAUGUAUGAGCCCGUGCCCGUCUCGCCGCUGCGUAUGAUGGGACUUGGCGGGACUGGCGACGACGGGAAGUGGUGGCGUUGGGGCAGUGAGGCGUAUGGGCUUGGGUGGUAUCGUGGGCGGUAUUGGUGGGAGAGUGGCGUGACGUUGUGA